UCCGGAGGGUCCAGAGUUUGUGUCGUUACAGGUAAUUAUGUCUAAAAGGGUGUCAUUACCGUCUAUACAAACUAGCCCACAAUGGCCCGACAUUGUCAAUGAUGGAAGCAAUUGUGACAUCUGCAGUGAAGAACCUUCCUCUUCAGAUUUGAGGAUUUCUCCUUCAAGAAAUGAAUUACGAAAGAGACUGGCAAGCAUGGCUGCACAUGAGGGGGCAGCAAGUCCUCAAGCUCUGAAAUUCAUACAUAAUACAAAAGCACGAGAAAGAACCAGAGAACGACAGCAGCCCAUAAAGCUGGAGCCUUUGCCUGCAUUGAAGAUUCAUCAAAGCCAUAAACAACCUGAAUAUAUAUACCGGAAGAACAGGGAACGAUUAUUAGCUGGUGGAGUCUUACAACCAAUCACUUCAGCUGAGAAAAUGAAGUGGCCUGUUGCUGUGGAAACACUCGUGCCAGAAAUUCCAGAAGAAUUCAGGGAAAUCCAGUUACUGGGUUCAAAAAUCCUUCCGACUCCCGCCAAACAGCCUCGUAGCACGGUCAAGAUAAGUGCUUGCCUCCCGAACCCUAUUCCGCCUGCCUUUCCAUUUCAAGAAGCACAAGAUGUGGUUAAAGCUAAUGUUACAGAACCCCAAGAAAUUAUCAAAAUAGUAUGUGGCAACAAACAUCUUGGGUUUCUGUACAUGACUCCUGCAAUGCCUCGGUCAUCCAUUGAAUAUGAUGCAUACAACUUAAAAAUUGUAACUUAUGACUGCAUUAAUAAAAACGACUACUACACAAUUAGCCCAAAUGCAGUUAUUCAUACAUGUAAUGGAGAAGUUGAAUAUCUGGAACUGGCCCGCUGGGAACAGGAAUAUCUAUAUCACAGAAGCCUCUCCAAAAUUCCUAUAUUUGCUAUAUUUCGCAAAUGGAAGUCAUUUAACGUGUGGAGAAAGAACGUCCGCUCUAAGAAAAUUAAUUCAUGCCGCCGAGCUUUGCAGAAGAACUUGUUCAUUGUUAAUCCUAGCAUUGACUCUGCAGAGUCGCAAGUUGGUGAUGUGGGCAUGUUUCAGCAGCUUUUGUGA